UCCGGAUAAAUUAUUGACACCCAUUUUUCGCGGGCCGGUCCGAGCUCAUAUUUGCAAUACGUUUAUUCGAUUUUGCAGUUUUGCAGAAGCUAGAAAUUUGCAAUCUCAAUGGUCCAGACCCCUUCUCUGUGUACUGCAGUUGCCGCUGGCUUUUCUCACCCACAUCACAGCCUCACAGGUCUCUAUCCGAGAAUUCACCGUGCUUCCACAUCCAAUCCAGGUCCUGAUCCUCAUUCUACGCUGCUGCACCCCUUCCCCGAUACCAUUCUCAAACGAAUGCUAGUACUCACUGAAUGCUGGUAGUCAACAGCAACACCCUUUGUCUCUGGCUACACAUGAGAAGUUAAUACCCAUUUGAUGGAUAUGGAUACUAACGAUCAGCAGCCAAAGCAAGAGCGUCUGAGAACAAGAUGGACACCGUCUCUUGACAAGAUCUUUGCAGAACUAGUUGUUGAGCAGAUUCGGCUAGGAAACAGGCCAAACAAUGUCUUUGAUAAGAAAACCUGGAACUAUAUCCGCAGUGAGUUUAACAGACAAACAAACCUCGAUUUCAACAACAAUCAGUUGAGGAAACACCUUGAUGUACUCAGGACUCGUUACUACUCUUUCAAGUCAUCUGCUUCUGGUCAACAUGAUUCAUUGGCAGAUUGUUUUGAUGGUUUUGAUCUUUGGGAAGACAUAGGGGGUCAACCGAAACAAGAAACGGGUAAGAUCAAGGAAUGUCCAAUCUAUGAGGAACUGUGUUUGAUUUUUGAAGAGCCUGAUGCCGAUGGGAAGUAUGCGCAGUCAAGUCACUAUGGAGAAUUGGAAAAAUCAGCAGCAGCAGUAGUAGAUCAUUCGUCUUUAGCAGAAAACCAAAACACAUCACCUGUGACCCCAUUCCCUUUGACAUACUUCCCUGGUUCACCGCCAAAGUCCAUGGCCAAGACUGGAACAGAAAAGAAGAGAAAGCGCCCCCGUGAGGCAGUUCCAGAUUCAGGUGACAGUAGUCGGGACAGUGAGAUGAUUGACGUUAUCUCGCAAACGUUGCAAGAGAUGAUAGCUUCAUCAAAGGUGGGGUCAAUUGGUGCCCCUCCCCAAUCUGACAAAGGAUUCAGUAUAAGUAAGUGUGUUAAAGCGUUGGAUGAUAUGGAAGGCAUACACGACACACAUUACUAUUCAGCUCUUGAGUUGUUUGGGGAUCCAAAUCUGAGAGAGGCGUUUCUCUCUCUCAAUGGCAGCAUACGUCUGACAUGGUUGCAGGGGAAAUUGACUGAUUUUGCCUUUGGUUGACUGUUGAGCUGCAGUUCUACCAGACUGGUAAAAACCCUGAUUGUAGUGGCAAAUAGGAUUUUAGAAGGAAAAAAACACUUUUUGGUCCUAUGAUUUGUAGGUCAUUCUAUUUUUUAUCCAGAACUUAUUUCUUUCCACUGUUGAUGCAUGACUAUGAUAUUUUGCUCCAUUUGGUCCUCUUUGUCCGUUAUUCUAAAGAAAAUCACAACCAGAGAUGUACAAAUUGAUGGGCUAAAUGAUAGAAAGCAC